CAAGAAUUGAAGGAUAUUCUUAGGAGCGAUACAUAUUUAAUGAAAUCGUUCUGUGAAUUCCAGAUUUGGUUGCUGGCAAUACUGGUGGUGGCGUGGGUAGGGUCUGCAUCCCCUAUAAACCCCAAACGGCGUCUCAUCAAUCGGCCCACAGUGGACAUAUACCCUAAACACAGACAAAGACGUGCGCCACAGGAUGUCAAGGGCGGAAAUCGAAUUGGAGUGAAAGGCGAUCGUACGCCACCUACCCUGCACCCCAGGAAAGGAGAGUAUGUAUGCGGGGAUAGAAUGUGUAAACUCAAGCCAGGAGAGAUACCUAAAAACUGUAACGGUGUCUGCCAGUUUAGGAUAGCUUAGUAAAUAUAUAAGAUAUCUAAGGAAAAUAUAUUUUAUUUUAAUAAU